CAGGGCCUGGGGCCCAAACAUUGGUGGAGCUGGGCCCACCCUCGGGAUUAUUGGUGGAGCCUGGGCUCCACGGGCCCAUAGAACUCGCCGCCUAACCCUGCUCAGAGCACAGCUUAGGGCUGUGCCAGAGCAAUCAUCACCCAGGAAGAACCCAUUAAAGACACAGGGCCACUUUACACCACGCUGGGUCUUUAAUCCAUCACAAAGGAGUUGGAGUGAGGGUGAGGAUCUCAUUCUUCUCUUCCAUGCAUGGAAUACUAUCCUGGGAUUACUUCCUUUAUCAGUGAAAACUAUAAGGAGAAUGGCUAGGGGAAUGUGUGUGUUAAUGUCCCAGCUUGAGGUCAUAUUUUCUCAGUGAUGUGAUAAAUAACUUCAGUGCCAAAGAGAGAAUGAAUUUCAAAGCGAGUUGUUUGUCCCCUUUCCAGCUUUAGGAAAGAGGAGACCUUCAUUCCUCUUUUCAGCUCUUUUUCAGCAGUGAUCGGAUUAGAUAGCCGCUCCCUACCACCACUGCCUUUGAGUGUGUGUAUUACAAAAACUGACUAAUCUUUGAGCCUUGUAUUAAGCAAUGCUGAACAUCUCCCAGCUGGUUUGCCGUGUUGCAUUUUUGACCCCUUUGGAGACUGCAGUUAUACGCUUGGUUACUCCCUCAGUCUCCAUGCCUCAGUAAAUAAAAAUAAUAUUCUGUCAGGGGCAGACGUGUAGCAACAUUUCAAGCUUCAAGAAAGAACUGGCAUAAACCGUUCAGUGGAGGACAAUGGAGCUCUGCAAAGAUACCUCUAUGGAAAUGAAUGAUGGGUACAGAAUUCCUGUGGUCGGACUUGGUACCUACGCCCCUGAUACAGUUCCAAAAAGUAAGUGUGAGGAGGCUGUAAAGGUGGCUAUUGAAGUUGGCUACCGCCAUAUAGAUGGAGCCUAUUUAUAUGAGAAUGAGGAGGAGGUUGGGCGAGCCAUUCGAGAGAAGAUUGCAGAUGGAACAGUCAAAAGAGAAGACAUAUUUUACACAGGAAAGCUUUGGAGCACCUUUAACGCUCCUGAGAUGGUCCCCUCAGCCCUGGAAAAGUCACUGAAGAGCCUGCAGUUUGACUACAUUGAUCUCUAUAUUAUUCAUACACCCCUAUCUUUAAAGCCUGGAGAUGAUUUAUUCCCAAUGGAUGGAAAUGGAAAAUUGAUUUUUGAUAACGUAGACCUGUGUGCCACUUGGGAGGCCAUGGAGGCAUGUAAAGAUGCAGGCUUGGUGAAGUCCAUUGGAGUCUCCAACUUCAACCGCAGACAGCUGGAGAUGAUCCUGAACAAACCUGGACUCAAGUACAAACCUGUCUGCAACCAGGUUGAAUGUCAUCCGUACCUCAACCAAAGGAAAUUGCUGGAGUUCUGCAAAUCCAAAAAUAUUGUCCUGGUUGCUUUUAGUGCCUUGGGAUCUCACAGAGAUGAGAGAUGGGUGGAUCAAAGCUCUCCACUUCUGCUGGAGGAUCCAAUACUGAACGCUCUGGCCAAAAAAUACAACCAAAGCCCAGCUCUAGUAGCCCUGCGCUACCAGCUGCAGCGUGGUGUGGUGGUCCUUGCCAAGAGCUUCACCAGAAAGCAUAUUGAAGACAACUUCAAGGUGUUUGACUUCCAGUUGACAGAGGAGGACAUGAAAGCCAUUGAUAGCCUGAACCAAAACCUUCGCUAUGACCCGUGUCAAGAAUUUUUGGACCAUCCUGAGUAUCCGUUUGCUGAUGACUAUUAAAGAGGAUUCAUUUGCAAUUCCUAUGUUGUUAGCAAAUAGUAAUAAUGCUCUAUACCUAAGGCCAAUUCUAGAG